AUGCCAAACGGGUGGAUCAAGUCAUUACAAUGCAAAUCCAAAGCUUUCAAUGAUGUCUACAAUUUCAACAGUUACAGUUGCAGCAAAAAGAGCUCACAUUGCGUCAAAGACGUUAUCAAUACCCGAUUACGUAAGAAAAACCCAAAACCCGACCCGAAUUUGAAGUCAUGUCGAACCGAAUCAUCGGAGCUUAACCCGCCUACCCGAACCCAACGGAGUAAAUCUGCCCGAACAUGUGACGCGUUGACCGAGCUGCCCGAUGGUCACCCGUCUAGAAACGUAGUGGAGAUCAUAUUCCAAUCUAGCUGGAGCUCCGAUGGAUUUCCGGGUCGGAUCGAGAUGAUUUGCAAAGUUGAAAACGGGUCAAGAACUGUGACCCGGUUCGAGGAAAACAGAGAGGUUGUCAAGUCACGUGCGGGUUUAAACGGAGGAUUCGACGGCACGUGCGAUGAAGAUUCACGGUGUUUAGCAGACGGUAACGAGAUGAUGAGGUUUUAUCCGAUCGGAGAAAUUCCCGACGGGAUAAACGACGGUGGCGCGUGGGGUUUCUCCGCGGGGAAAAGUCAGGUGGUGUGUACGUUUUUGGGGAGCGGCGAAGCGCAUGCGAGCAAAGGAUGUGGCGGAGGAAGGAGGGCUAUGCUGAUUUGUCGGGUAAUAGCGGGUCGGGUUGAUAAUAGAAUCGGGUUUGGGCCGGAUUCAGUAACGGGUCGUAACGGCGAAUUGUUUGUCUUUGAUACAAGCGCUGUGUUACCUUCUUUCCUAAUCAUUUUUACGUUAUAA